GAGAGUCGACGAGACUGCCGAGAGAGAGAGAGAGAGAGGCGACGGGAAAAUGUCGGGCGGUCAGCUGAUUAGCAGUACACGGUACAGUCAAUCGCGGAAUUAACAGUAUAUAUAACAACGAAAAUGUUCAGAUAAGCGCAUAACACGAGAGAUAUGGGUUGAUUGUGAAAUAUUCGAUUAGAAGGAUUUAGCAGAGGUUAUGCUUGACGUUUUCGAGCGAGCUUAUUAUGGUUCGCAAGUGUGCCACGUGUGAAUUUGGACAAUUAGAAAAAAAUAAACAAUAUUUUCGAUUAUGAGAAAAAUGUGUGCCGCUGCUUCAAUUCUAAGUUGAUUUUUUGCCAAUUUUCCGAGGACUUUUCAAGACGCCCAUCUUUUUAAAAUAAAAUGCUAAAAUCAAUUACUUAAGUUUUCACUGAAAUCCUAGCGAUGCUUGAGUGUUGUUAUGCCUUAUAUGAGCUCAAGAUAAUUGUAGACUCUUAGUAUGAUGAUUGAUUAGUGACAUUUUAAGACAUUUUAAGAUGAAUUGGAAGAAAUACGAAGAAACCUUCUUAUGUACCACAGUUGAUGCAGCUACAGAAGCUGGCAAAAAUUUUGACACAAUGAAUCAUCAAAGUGUUAAUGUAUCAACUUUAUUAAAACUAAAUACAAACGAUGCUCGAGAAUUUCUUUGUGGCUGGGGAGCUGCUGUGAUCAAUGUUACUGUUACUUAUCCUGUAAAUAAAGUUAUUUUCCGACAGAUUUUGGAGGGAGUACCUGCUACAACUGCAGUUCAGCAGUUAUCACAAGAGGGAGUUAAACUACUAUAUCGAGGAAUUUUACCUCCUUUGUGUCAAAAAACUGUGUCUUUAAGUUUAAUGUUUAGCUUAUAUGAAGGCUGCAGACAGAGGCUAUACGUAUUGACUGAUCACAAAACGUUUGCAAAAGUUUUUGCAGCUAAUUUCGCAGGCACGUGUGAAGCAAUUUUGAUGCCUUUAGAGAGAGUUCAAACUUUGUUGCAAGACUGGAGAUAUCACGAACGUUUCAAGAACACACCCCACGCGUUUAGUAUCCUCUUGCGAGAGUAUGGAAUUUCAGAAUGUUACAGAGGUUUGGUGCCAAUUAUUUACAGAAAUGGCUUAUCAAAUCUCAUGUUUUUUACUUUAAGAGAUAAGUCUAAAGAUAUACUCGGAAAUGAUACUUCUCUAUUAGCAAAUUUUAUUAGUGGUGCAUUGAUCGGUGGUUUUACAAGUACAUUUUUUUAUCCAGUGAAUGUUAUAAAGGUUCACAUGCAAUCAAAAAUCGGCGGUGACUUUGAGAAGUUCACAAAAUGUGUUCGAGAUGUAUACAUCUCUAGAGAUAGAAGUUUAAAAAGUUUUUAUAAAGGUGUGCAUUUGAACUUUAUGCGAUCAUUUAUUAGCUGGGGUGUCAUCAAUGCUUCCUAUGAUACUCUGAAAGGUCUAUUAUUUUAACGAAAAGAGCUGCUAGGAAUCAAAUUGUAACUAAAAUAAAUCAUUUAUUGAAAUUGUUAUGAAAUCACGAUAACUCGAUUAUUUCUAAUGUAUGUACAUAAACUUGGUCUUGGAAACAGUCUUACUUCUGGAUCGAGUACAGGGAUAAAUAAAUAGAUGUAGUUAUACGAUUAAAUUUCUAUGUAUGUAUGUAUACGAAAUAAAAUAACGACGUUUUAAUUUCUUAAUCUUCUCGUUUUGUAAAUACGAUUAGCUAAUCUGCGAAUUGGCUCUGAAUGUUAUGCGUUAGAGUGAGUGAAUUCUCGGAACAACUGCAAAAGUUGAAUCAUUGCCAUAAUUGCAAAGCAAAGCUCACACUGUCAAAUCGCUGUUGUAAUAAAGUGAAUCCAUCAAAAAGCAUGAAA